UGUGGGGGCGGGUGCGGGCGAACGGCUGCCGGUCAGGUGUCCUUGUCCCGUUGAGUUGCGCGGGUCGCGUUCGAGGGCAUGGACGACAGGUACGCUGCGCUUCGGCGGGCCCAGCUGCAUCUGGAUUUCAUCCACGCCAACUCCACCACUCACAGUUUCCUUUUUGGAGCACUGGCUGAAUUGCUGGACAAUGCAAGAGAUGCAGGGGCUGAAAGGCUUGAUGUCUUUUCAGUGGAUAAUGAAAACCUGCAGGGGGGCUUCAUGCUGUGUUUCCUGGAUGAUGGAUGUGGCAUGAGCCCUGAGGAAGCUUCAGACAUCAUUUACUUUGGACGAUCCAAAAAACGGCUGUCAACCUUGAAGUUCAUAGGGCAAUACGGCAAUGGUCUUAAAAGUGGGUCCAUGAGAAUUGGAAAAGACUUUAUUCUUUUUACGAAGAAGGAAGAAACGAUGACCUGUGUGUUUUUUUCUCAGACGUUCUGUGAAGAAGAAAGUCUUAGUGAGGUUGUAGUUCCAAUGCCCUCAUGGUUAAUAAGAACCAGAGAAUCUGUCACAGAUGAUCCCCAGAAAUUUGCAAUGGAAUUAUCUAUAAUUUACAAAUACUCACCAUUUAAAACUGAAGCAGAAUUGAUGCAGCAGUUUGAUGUGAUCUAUGGAAAAUGUGGUACUUUGCUGGUUAUUUAUAACUUGAAGCUUCUGCUUAAUGGAGAACCAGAGUUGGAUGUUAAAACUGACAAAGAGGAUAUACUGAUGGCUGGAGCUCUGGAGGAUUUCCCAGCCAGGUGGUCAUUCAGAGCCUACACAUCUAUUCUGUAUUUUAACCCAUGGAUGAGAAUAUUCAUUCAAGCCAAGAGAGUUAAGACUAAACAUCUUUGCUAUUGCCUCUACAGACCCAGAAAGUAUCUUUAUGUCACAUCUUCUUUUAAAGGAGCAUUUAAAAAUGAAGUUAAAAAGGCAGAAGAAGCAGUAAAGAUUGCUGAAUUCAUAUUGAAAGAAGCACAAAUCAAAGUAAACCAGUGUGACAGAACCUCUUUAUCUUCUGCCAAGGAUGUAUUACAGAGAGCUUUGGAAGAUGUAGAAGCAAAGCAAAAGAAUCUUAAAGAGAAACAAAGAGAAUUAAAGAAAGCCAGAACACUCUCCCUGUUCUAUGGCGUGAACGUGGAAAACCGAAGCCAAGCUGGAAUGUUCAUUUACAGCAACAACCGUUUGAUCAAAAUGCAUGAAAAAGUGGGCUCACAGUUGAAACUGAAGUCCUUACUUGGUGCAGGCGUGGUUGGAAUUGUUAAUAUACCCUUGGAGGUCAUGGAGCCAUCCCAUAAUAAACAGGAAUUUCUCAAUGUCCAAGAGUAUAAUCAUCUACUAAAAGUCAUGGGACAGUACUUGGUCCAGUACUGUAAGGACACCGGCAUCAUCUCUAAGAUCUCAGAAAGGGACUACCAGGAAAAUGAAUAUAACAACUUUGCUAAGGAUACACAUCGAGUGAGGAGGCAAAUAUUAAAAGAUAAUAGAAAUCUAACAUUGUUUUGCAAUGAAUUUGGAUACCAGAAUGACAUCGACAUGGAGAAACCUUUAAAUUCUAUUCAAUAUCAAAGAAGACAAGCCAUGGGUAUCCCAUUCAUCAUACAAUGUGAUCUUUGUCUUAAAUGGAGAGUCUUGCCUUCCUCUACUGAUUAUCAGGAAAAAGAAUUUUUUGACAUUUGGAUUUGUGCUAAUAAUCCCAACCGCUUGGAAAACAGUUGUCAUCAGGUAGAACGUCUACCUUCCAUCCCGCUGGGCACCAUGAGCACAAUAUCACCAUCAAAAAAUGAGAAAGAGAAGCAACUUAGAGAGUCGGUCCUAAAGUAUCAAAAUAGACUGGCAGAACAGCAGCCACAGCCUCAAUUUAUACCAGUGGACGAAAUCACUGUCACUUCCACCUGCCUAACUUCAGCAAAUAAGGAAAAUACCAAAACCCAGAAAAUCAGGCUUUUGGGCGAUGACUUGAAGCAUGAAUCUCUUUCAUCCUUUGAGCUUUCAGUGAGCCAUAGAGGACAGAAAAGAAACAUAGAAGAGACAGACUCUGAUGUAGAAUAUAUUUCAGAAACGAAAAUUAUGAAAAAGUCUAUGGAGGAGAAAAUGAACUCUCAACAGCAGAGACCUCCAGUAGCUCUGCCAGAAAAUGUCACACUAGCUGAGAGAUCCCAGAAAAGUCAGAUUGCUAAUAUUACCAGUGUCUGGAGAGCUCAACCAACUGAAGAGGCCCUGAAGGAUGCCCAGGCCGCUUUUUGGGAAAUGAAAAAGAAGCAGAGUCUGAACUUUGUAGAGGAAUGUAAGGUGUUGAUUGAAGAUGACAACAGCAAGAGUGAUUCAGAUAUUAUCCUGGUUUCAGAUAAAAGCAACACUGAUGCUUCACUGAAACAAGAAAAAAAGGAAAUUCCUCUGAUAAACCAAGAAAAACAGGAGCUGUGCAAUGAUGUUCUAGCAAUGAAAAGAAGCUCUUCAUUACCUAGCUGGAAAAGCUUGCUUAAUGUGCCGAUGGAAGAUGUGAAUCUAAGUUCUGGACGCAAAGACAGAGUUUGUGUGAGUGGCAGUGAUAAAGUUGCUUCUUUGCCAGCGUCGUCUCAAAGCACACCUGUCAAGGAAACAGUGAGAAAACUGAAGUCUAAAUUAAGGGAGAUUCUUCUGUAUUUUUUUCCUGAGUAUCAGCUACCAUCAGAAUUGGAAGAACCUGCGUUAAGUUGUGAGCUGGAGCAGUGCCCAGAGCAUAUAAACAAAAAGCUGAAAAUGUGUUUCAACCAGAUACAGAAUACUUACAUGGUCCAAUAUGAAAAAAAAAUAAAGAGGAAAUUGCAGUCCGUUAUCUAUGAUUCAAAUACAAGAGGAAUACAUAAUGAAAUCUCUGUGGGGCAAUGUGAAAAUAAAAGAAAAAUCUCUGAGGAUAAGUUGAAGAAUCUUCGUAUAAAACUGGCACUAUUGUUGCAGAAACUUCAACUGGGUGGUCCAGAAGGUGACCUGGAGCAGAUUGACACUUAUUUAGAAGCUUUGCUUAAAGAAGAUAAUCGCCUCCUCCAGAACAAUUUAAAUAAAGUGACUAUAGAUACAAGACAUAGACUCCCUUUAGAAAAAAAAUGAAAAGAUUCCUGAAAAUUAAGUCAGAGAAGGUAUUCCCUUUUAAAAAAUGCUGAUAAGAAAGUUGAAAGAUUCUUUUAAAAAUUUUUCUUUUUUGUUGUUACUGUAAAGUCUAUUCUGUUUAACAAUAAGAAAUAAGAAAUAAUUUUUUUUGAAUAAGAAAAUUGUACACUCUAGAAAUGGAGACCGAUUUACAAUUUAUAUAUCCCCUAAUCCUAUUGUCUAAAUCUUCCUUUUCUUUCAGAAAUAUUAAUAAUAUUUAGAGUUCUCUAAUUUUCUUGUGAGCUACUGAAAAAAAUGAAAAUGUCACUCAAGCUUAAAUUUUGUUAUUCCUUAAAAUAUUGUUAUUGUAAUUUUGUUAUUCCUUAAAAAAAUUUAAAAGCAGAUGUUUUCAAAAUCAAUAUGCAAAGGACUACAGACUCACCUCCUCUUGAAGAUGUUGAAAAAGAAAGACUUUAUACCCUUUCUCCACUAUAGCCAACACUCAGUAAAGCAGAAAGUACAAAUCCUCUCAAAACAGAGAUAUAGCUUAUAUAAUUUUAUUAUUUUGUCAUAGUAAAAUAAUAAAUCUCCUAAGCAUAAUAUGUAUAUAUAUUACACAUAGGUAAAAAUUGUUGUUUCACAUUUAUAUAUACAUAAAUAAGCAUGUUUUUACACUUUUCUUGAUAAGUGGUUGGGUUUUUUUUGUUCAGAAAUGUCUGAAACUUUAGACAAAAACAAUAAAACAUUUAAUAUUCA